UUUGUAGGCAGAUCACAAUAACAAAAGGAAGGGAUUUAUUCACACACGAGGAAGCCAAACCAUUAUCAAAAUGUGCACCUCGCUAAUACUUUAAAUCACGGGUCUACCUCCACCUUUGAUAUGGAAUAAGGAGGGAGUGUUGAUAUCACAUGCUUUUUAUAUCGUUCUACUCAUACUGGCUUCGUGUCAAAGUCGAUAUCACUCGCGGAGGGCAGUGUCAUGCAGUGAGUGCAGCAGGAAGCACACUGUGAGUUUGGAGCUUCCCUACCUGCAUGCUAACCUGCAAAAUGGACGCAGGACGACAGAGAGGUGGCCAGGGACUGUACAGGGCACAGAACGAAGCUCUUAUGAAAGACAGACAAACCUUUCGAGAGAAGCUACAAGAAUUCCCCAACCUUUUUCAGCUCAAAGAUUACUCUGAACUGACAAUGGAACGCAAGCAGAAUAUGUUAGACCGGCUAAAAUCAGAAAUAAUUGACGAGAGUAACUAUCACACACCAAAAGAGGUCACGUGCAUCUCUAAUCUCAUCGCCUUUCUCUUGUUUCUUACAAAAGACGUUGAGAAAGCAGUCGAAGAGACAAACAAAGUUUUGACAUCUCCAGAUAAUGACACUAAUGUUGUAGCUUUGGCUAACAUGGCUGUUAUGACUUGGGAAAGAGGGAAAAGAGUAGAAGGAGAAAAAAUGUUAAAAAAAUUACAAGAACUCCGUAAUCUGGAGAACUUUCAACAAAAGGUAACUGAUGCUAAAGGUGAGAUGGCGUACAGCUACUCCAGGAUGGGGAUGACUUUUGCAGCACUGGCGGUAGACACGUUUGAAGAAGUCGUCCAGAGCAGACCCCUCGACUACACAUGGAAGUUAGGCCUGGCACUCGUUCUGAGGCGUUUCACACACAUUAAUUACAGAAUGCACUUUCGUAUAUCUUCUGAUUUAACAUCGCAGAGGUCUCUGAGAGCCUUUGACCUUCUCUUGGAAAUCAGGAACAGCGACGCUCCAGAAGGGCAAAGAGCACAGGCUCUGGUUGAGCUUGGCAUGCUUCUGGAACAGUGGUGGAAUGCUGAGAUGUCGAGUGUCAUAGAAAGGGCCAAAGAAAAAGGUAUAACUGCUGAAAAGUGUUACGAAGAAGCUGUCCAGCUAGCCCCAGAAGAUGUUUAUGUGCUCGCAAAGUGCGGAAAAUUUUUUAAAAUUAAAAAUAAACUAGACAAAUCUCGAGAAAUACUUGAGCGCGCCAUCGCAAUCAGACCAACAACAACUGCCCAUCAUUACCUCGGGAACACAUUUGUGAGAAUGGCCAUCUGGCAACAGAAAAAUCAGUCAAAACAGUUUGACAGAAAAACUAAUAUCACAGAUCCCAGUCACCAGGAACUUUCAAACAGGAUGCAGAGAAUGGCCGUUGAGGAGCCUCAUUCCAGUCAGCAAGCUAAUACUGAGGCAACUGCAGCGUACGUACGCAUUAUAAAAUCGCCAAAAAGGCUACUCUCAAUGUCACUUGAUCAGUACGUUGAGAAGGCAUUGUAUCAUUUUGAAGAGUCCAUAAGAUUAUCUUGCAAGGAAAAUUCUCCAGCUGUCUAUGAUCUAGGACUAUUGUAUGUGUCACUUGGUGACGAUGACAAGGCUUUAGACCAGUUCUAUACACUCAUUAACGAGACGGGAUCUCGAGCUAGCCCAGUACAAAUUAUUAAUGCGCAUGAGCAGUCUGGCUUCCUCCUCUUGAAAAAAAGUUCUAGUGCUAACGACGAAAAUGAUAAAGAAAAUUACGCCUCCGAGGCCUGCAGGCUGCUUCAAGAUGCUCUACAGAUGCAGUGUCAGGUUGUGUCGUCACUUCCGGAUACCGUUCCGAACUUUAAAACCCUCUGGCCUUCAUUUUAUGAACUUUGCAAUGCAGCUAAAACUAGUUCAUCGCCAGACCGUCAAAUGAAGGAGAUGGCUAAACUCUUUGAAAUGAUUAAGAACUAUGCAGAAUGCCUCGAUGUUUUGGACGAGAUGUCUAAAUUUAGUCCCCAGGAAACAGUUGAUCCUGAGUUUCUAGAGCAACGGCUAAACUGUUACGUUAACCUCAAGCGUUAUGACGAUGCCCUUCUCUUCCUCAGCAUGCUGGAAACAACCAAGGAAGAAGAACUAGUUCGUCAGUGGUCCGAUCCCCACCUUGCAAAACGAGUUCGUGUUAUGGCUGCAAGGGAAAAGCUUUUAAAAACUGGGGCUCCACCAUCUGCUUCUAUUGAUGACAAAACGAUAAAGAGAUGCUUUGUCCAGGUAAUUCAAUCCGAUUUCUCCCAAACUGACGAAGAGACACAAAGGAAGUACGUAGACGAUGGUUGCAGCGAAAAUCUGGAGAGGAAAUGGUGGCACGUGAUGAUCCUUCAUGACCUCUAUGACGAUGAUAUGAAAGCCAAAGGUCUGACUAUCAAGAACAUUUUACAAAACGUGUGCGGACUGCGUGUCACGUGCAUGUCAGACGAUGAUGACGUCAGACCUUAUGACCAUGAGCUCUGGACUAUCCACGAGAACGCUGAAAAAUCUCAGAUUUUCUUGGUACUCUGUGGCACCAAAGAUUUUUCCGACGAGUUUUACGAAAAUUUCCUUCAGGUGCUUCCUGAAAUGUGUUCUGGGGACACCACACGCAAGCCGAUUCUUGCUUUGCAGCUCGACAACGUUCCUCGUCCUAAGAAGCUUCAUCCUCAUCGUUGGUUCCAAUGUCCACCUUCUCUCUUUGGAACUCCUGACCUUUACACUCCAGAACUGAUCGACGACAUCUGCAACCUGUUUUGUUUCUUAGCCGACAUAACUAUUGACAUUGAGUAAUCUCUCUGAAAUAUCUUGUGUAUAACUCACCUGGAAAGGCACUUUAUUCUUUGCAAACUGACAAAACCUGGCUGCAGAAGAAUAUUUGCUCACCGCUCGUCACCGGUCUCUUGAUCUCUACACUACCAUCAUCUUUUGUUUUAUAGCCAACAGUGUUGAAACAAGAGCUUAAGUGAAACACAAGACCUCUAAAGUGAUAAAUAUGAUUUUUUUUGUGAGGGAAAAGCUUAGGAAUUUAGGAAUAGCAUAUAAAAGGGUUGACUGUAUUUAUAUUGACAGUCAUAGGAUUUAUUUUUAUAGAAUCGUUAUAAUGUGUUUGUAUAAUGGAUAACAAACCAAAAAUUAUUUUUUUCUGUUUUUCUUUACAUCUCAAAGAGUGUGAUUUUUUUUUAUCAAUGUAGUUCAGAGACAUGCAACAUAAGCAAAUAUUAUUAUUUAUACUCGCAUUAUAAAAUGUAAAUACACUUAAGGGACAAGAAAUAGUUUGAUGUUAAGAGCAGACAAAGCCAAAAGAAACAAGCUGCUCAUGAUGAUACUUUAGACCCUGAUCCAUCGAUACAAAAUGUUUAACCACCUACCAAGAACCACAAAAUAUACUUCUACAACCAUACAAGUCAUGCUGUCUUGGCACUAAAGCAUAGGGAGGUGUCAGAAUAAAUACAGAAAUUUAUUCUAAAACAUUUAGGUAUUCGUAUGGUUGUGUCCAGUAAAGGGAGAGCAUCUUUGCUUAAACCUCCCACUUGGGUAAAAAAAUAAUUUCCCCAAACGAAGUAAAUUUUCCAAAAUGCUAGCAGAUUACAUGUUUGGAAAUUAGUUCAUUGUAAUCUGAGAAAUAUUUUAACACAGAACAGAAUGUAGUUUCGAAAACGUUAGGGAUAAGGAUUUUAUCUUUCCAAAUUUUGACAUUUGAACUGUUUCUGCGCGCGGGGAGAGUAGAGAGCAUAUAAUAGUAUAGUGAUUACAUUACACAGUGUCUUCAAAGAAAUAUUCGUUUAAGGUGUAGCACAUUAGUAGACCAUGCUUAAUUACUUUAAUCUACAUUUGGCAGUUGGUAUAAUUAAAACUGCUUGUAUUGCGUGUCUUUAUUACAAUAAUAAUUGCAGUGUACUGUUACAA